AUGCCCACUCCCUCUCCUCUCCGAGUCUCACCACCACCACCAACGACAUCUACAACAACAAUAACAACAGGAACGACGACGAAGCCCCUAUCCCUAUCCCUAUCCCAAUACCCACCGCCCAACCCCCUCACAUCCUCCCCCUGCCCACUCUACCUCGACAUCCUCGAACUCAUCCUCGACCACCACCGCACCGACCCCUACACCCUCACCGCCCUCGCCCUCACCGGCUCCCACCUCUUCCUCCACCUCGCGCGCAAACUCCUCUACCGCUCCAUAUCCCUGGAUUACUGCGAGAACCCCUAUGCGUAUGAGAGCCAGCGGGCGUUGAGGAGGGUUUUGGCGGGCGAGGGCGGGGAGGUGCUGUGUGCGUAUGUGGGGGAAGUUAGGGUCCGGUUGAGUGGUGCGAGGAGCGGUGGUAGUAGUGGUGGUGGGGUAAUAGGAGGAGGGGGAGGGGGAGGGAGAGAGGAUGUGUUAGUCGGGAAGAUUCUGAGCCGGAUGAAACGGGUCGAGAGGGUGCAUAUCGUCGGUGGGGGUAUGGGCGGCGUUCAAGGCCGGUCAGGGUCAUACCAUCAUGGAUUCCAACGCCAGCCUUUCCUCGAUCCCACAAACUCCAACUUUCUCUCGAUGAUGGAUAGCGAGGUGGGACGUGGACUAGAACACCUAUUCGGGUUGGAAACCUUGAAGAAAGUGACAUUGGAGAACGUUGCUAUACCCUAUUCCGACCUCUAUAUCUCGCUGUUAGGCCCGAACGUGAAAUGCUUGGAGGUCCUUUCGGUGGAAUCGCCGUCCGAGUAUGGGUAUCCUUCUUCCACUCGAUCUUGGCCUCGCAGCUCUUUGUCUUUACGAGGCUCGAGUUCGAAGAGGAAGAAGCCGCCGCAGUUGGAGACCCUCAUUCUGAAUAUGGACCAGCUGCAGCCUCCGUUUGUCUUCGUCGGCGAUGGGUCUGAGAACGAGGAAGCAAGAGACGAGGAUUCGGAGUGUUCAGUGUUGGAUCUCUCCAAACUCAAGCAAGUGCAUUUGUACGUCUGGGACCAGGACGACGGAGAUGUGAUUUGGGGUCUGCUGGAUCGAGCGAGGGAGACGUUGGAGGUUUUGACGUUGCGGUACUUCCACACCCCCUCGAGUCCGGAUAUCCUCUCGCAGGGAUUCCAGAACCUCCACACCCUAAUCGUCGGAACACCCGCUUUCGCCACGAGCGAAGAUCCAUUUAGGGGAUUAAUCCAACUCUUCUCCAAUCCCCUCGACUCACACCUCUUCCCUUCUUCCACUUCCACUCCUUCUUCAUCACUAAUACCCACCGCAUUCACAUCGUCAACCUCACUCUCACAUAUCCGACCGUCCUCGUACCAAGUCCCACAACCGAGACCAAUAAACUCGAAAUUUCCCUCUCUACGAACAUUGAAGGUCAUCUUCGAUUUAUGGAGCUGUGAAGCGAGUCGGACGUCGUGGAGGAGUUUGCGUGCGUAUAGGGGAUGGGGAGAGUUGGAUGAUGUGCUUGGGAGGGCGUUUCCUUCGUCUGCCCGUGGUUCAACUGCCCAUCCCAGCAGCAGUACGGAUGACGAUACUGAGAUGGGCGAUGCUACACUCAAGGGCGAUGGGAGGCUCAUGGGAGGCGGUGUAUUGGAGGGCUCGACGAGAAUCAUCUUUGAGAUUCAGUGUAGUGCGCGGUACAGGGAGGUUGGGGGCGGUGCGGAGGUUCAUCCUUACCUGGACGAUUCCCAUGCGGAAGAUGAUGAAGAGGCUCAUUCUUCAAUCAACGAGGAUGUUCCCGAGACGAGAGCAGGAGGAAACGCCAAACCCAAACGCCCACCCAACCUCCUCGACUGCUUGAAAAACGAGUUGUAUAAUCUGCGAAAUAAUCCGUAUUUUAUGAUUUUGUAA